AUGCUGGUCACCAUGGAUACAGCCAAGCAGAGCAGCAUCAGCACCAGUGAGAGCUCCGAGCCCAGCGAGGUUGAGACGCUGCUGUCCUCCAUUCACCUGGACAGAUAUGUGGACAUCUUCGUCAAAGCUGGUCUGCUCUGCGCCCCAGACUUGCUCUACUUGGACCAGGACUCUCUGCUCAGUUUGGGAAUCACCGCCACGGGACACCGCAAACGGAUCCUGCGCCUUCUUGCCCAACUGCCCCGCACUCCUUCCUCUCAGCGGGCCAAUCAGAGUUCCACCUCAGAUCCUGGGAAGCUAAAACCUGUCCCCAAACCUCGCACAGUGUUCAAUCGCCGCAGAACCACGCCUGUACACUUCUCCCCCUCCUCACAUGACCCGCAACGACCAAUCAGAAGGCUGUCCCCGGAGUCUCUCAGCUUAGACUCGGAAAAUCUACCCGGCAACAGCGAUGCCACUUGCACUUCUACGACACCAGACCACAAACCCAUCAGUAGGCUUUCCCCGCAAUCUCUCAGUCUAGAUUUGAAAAAUGUGCAGGGCAACAGUGGCGUGAAAGCGUCCAAUCACAGGAAUCGAUCUAUGUCGGACGCGAGCGCCUUUGUCCCACCCGUGCCUCCGCGGAUACGUCGUAGUUUUGCUGUUUUUUCCGCUCCUACCGUGAAAGAAAACGCGCUCGAUGAUGCGAACGUCAGCGUGAGCACAGCGGAUAUCCUCCAGUCUGCUGUGAGUCGUGCGGAGAAUAAGACAAAAGCGAGUCGGAGCAGGUCGCUAACGGACGUACUGCCACCGAUUCCGCCUCGGCAAAGCAGGAGUACGAAGAUGCAGGAAGAGGAAGAGGAUUGGACCGAGGCCAGAAGCUCGGUAGAAAUGGUGUCAAAUGACAUCUACUGGGGGUCGACACUGAGUGGGAGGGGCUACAGUCUGCAGGCCCCGCCCACUCCACCCAGACUACCCACGGACAGGAGCUAUGAGCGGAACAGCAGCAGCACUUUGAGCAACAAUUCGUCUUCAUCAACUAGAGCUUCUACAGAUGACCCAGAGGAGGAGAUUAGCCCAUACUGUGAGACUGUGUUCUCUAGGAGGACCCCACUUCCUGAGAUGGACAGGAGCAGAGAGCACACACCUUCUCCACACAUUGACCAAGAGAGUCCUCAGAGUCUUUGGCUGAAGCGUCUCUCGCCGUCACACGAGGCCCCACCCCCUCACGAGACCCCGCCCCCUCCGCUCGACGAUGACUUCAUCUCUCCGUACGCCAGCUACACGUCUCUGAACGAGAAAGCUCCACCUGUCAUCAGCGGCUGGCUCGACAAGCUGUCUCCACAAGGGGACCAGAAGCCGUGGCUGAGGCUCCUUCUGGACCUGUUUUCCUUCUCUCCACACUGUGUCUCGUUCUCUUCUGCUGCCUCCUACUGCCUGCUGUCCUUCUGCUCCUCUUCAGCCCAUCGGAACUAUGUUUUCCAGAAGCGUUUCAUCAAGUUUGACGGCCAGAACCUGAUGUACUUCGGCCAUGAGAAGGACGCCUACCCCAAAGGAGUGAUCCCAUUGGCUGUGAUCCAGAUGGCACGCCCCUCUAAAGACAAUAAGUUUGAGAUUGUGACCAGCAACAGGAUCUUUGUGUUCAGAGCAGACAACGAAGUGGUCAGGGCUCGUUGGGUGCGUACUCUUCAAGACUUUAUCCGGGAGCAGUUGGUGUUCGUGCGCCGCAGGUUUGGACCAGGACUGCACUGUCAGAAACAUGGAGUCCUGGAGACCAAGGGCCACAAAGCCAAGGUCUACAUGGCCAUCUAUGGAGACCAGAUCUGGAUCCACAAGAACCAGCAGUGUUUCCGUAAUGGCAUCGCUGUGACAGUGAUUGAGGCGCGAGGGUCCACCAUCCGGGACGGCAAACACAAGACCUUUGACCUCAUCACGCCAUACAAGACUUUCAGCUUUGCGGCCGACUCUGAACGGGACAAGAGGGAGUGGGCCGAGGCUCUGCAGGAGGCUAUCGCUGAGACCCUGUCGGAUUACGAGGUGGCCGAGAAGAUCUGGUCCAACAAGUCCAACCGAGUUUGUGCCGACUGCCGAGCCCUGAACCCUGACUGGGCCUCCAUCAACCUGUGUGUGGUCAUCUGCAAGAACUGUGCCGGUCAGCACCGCAGUCUUGGCGCCUCGGUGUCCAAAGUGCAAAGUCUCAAACUUGACACCAGUGUGUGGAGCAACCAGAUCGUGCAGCUUUUCAUCAUGCUGGGGAACGACCGCGCUAACGACUUCUGGGCAGCACGUGUUCCAUCCUCCGAGGAGCUGGACUGUGACGCUGCUCCUGAGCUCCGCAGAGAGUUCAUCAGCCUCAAAUACAGAGAGGGCAGGUGGAGGAGCCCCCACCCUGGCUUCAGCAGCCAAGCUCACCUGCUCAAGGUGCUGUGCUCGGCCGUGUCAGAACAAACGCUGCUCAAAACGGUCACACACAUUUUCUCAGAGGCAGAGUCUGCACGUCGAGCCAGAGACACCAACUGCUCCUUCAGUGACCAGACGCCCCUCUCAGAGGCUGCAGACCCCGGAGUGUACGAUGAGAUCAUGCAGCCAGUGCUCCACUCAGGCUUCAUCUACAAGUGCAGCUCCUGCCACCGGGGGACGCUCUCCAGGAAGAACAGAGAUGACUUCCAGAGGUUCUGGUGCAGCGUGGACCGCUCCCUGGGUCUGUUCGAGACCGAGCUGAGUCCAGAGCCCGUCCUGAAGAUUAACUACAGUGACCUGAUGUGUUUGGGAGUGACCCGAGCUGACAGCAGCAAGAGGAAGAGCAACGGCUUCAUCGACCGGUUUCGCUACACGUUCGAGCUGUACCUGUCCUCUGAGAAGCUGCUGCAGUUUGGGCUCGAAACCGCAGACGAGCUCCACAGCUGGACAAAAGCCAUCGGCAAGGCGUUCACUCCGCUGAGCUGCCACUGCCUGCUUUCCCGGGAGUUCCAGCGCGUGGGUCUGCUCCGCUACAGGGCCAUGUUGGACCCUCAGCAGUGGAGAGAGGCCUUCUUCGUCCUGCAGAAGUCCAACCUGUUCAUCUGCCCUCGCACGGAUGGGGCCGCCGAAGACAUCAUCAACCUGAGGAGGCUGCAGGAGCUUAGCGUGUCUUCAGAAGGAGAGGGUGAGAAGAAAGACACCCUGGUUCUGGUGGAGAGAGGACGUACCCUGCAUGUCCAGGGGGUGGCCCGCUCAGACUUCUCCCUGUGGUGCUCAGACAUCCAGAGGGCGUCUGGAGGGAGGGGCAACUCUCUGAGGGAACAGCAGCUCAGCCGUAACGACAUCCCCAUCAUCGUGGAUAGCUGCAUGGCCUUCAUCACCCAGUACGGUCUGGGCCACGAGGGAAUCUACCGGAAGAACGGAGCCAAGUCCAGGAUCAAACUGUUGAUGGAGGAGUUCCGCAGAGACGCCCGCAACGUGAAGCUGCGAAUCGGAGACCACUUCAUCGAGGACGUGACGGACGUGCUCAAGCGCUUCUUCAGAGAGAUUGACGACCCCAUCUUCAUGAGCGACCUGCACCCCCUGUGGCAGGAGGCCGCAAAACAGUCUCAGAGGAGUCAGAGACUGGACCGAUACAAAGAGAUCAUCCGCAGUCUUCCUCGGGUCAACAGGACCACUCUGGCCGCUCUCAUCAGUCACUUGUAUCGGGUACAGAAGUGUGCUGACCUGAACCACAUGUGCACAAAGAACCUGUCCCUGCUGUUCGCCCCCAGCCUGUUCCAGACCGAUGGGAAGGGCCAAUACGAGGUCCGCAUCGUGGAGGACCUCAUCGACCACUACCUCUACGUCUUUGAUAUCGACGAGGAGCACCAGAGUCAGAUGGAGCUGGAAAUCAGCCUGAUCACCAGCUGGAAGGACACGCAGCUCUCUCAGGCUGGAGACCUGAUCAUCGAGGUGUAUUUAGAGAUGAAGAUCCCAGACUGCUGCAUCACACUCAAGGUGUCUCCAACCAUGUGUACGGAAGAACUGACCAAUCAGGUUCUGUAUUUGAGGAAUGUCCCGCCCUCUGAAAGAGAGGUUUGGAUGACGUUUGAGGCCAUUGAAGACGGACAGCUCGAGCGCCCCCUACACCCCAAAGAGCGCGUGCUGGAACAGGCACUGCAGUGGUGCAACAUGGCCGACCCAAGCUCCGCCUUCCUCAUUGUCAAGAGAGUUCCCAAAGAGGACGCCAUCAACAUAUUCACCUCGUACAAAAGUGAGGUGAUGAAGGUGGGCCUGCUGAGGUGCAGAGAGGAGCCUCCUAAACUCCUACAGGGGAACAAGUUCCAGGAGAGAACCUUCCAAAUCCACGGCAACAAGCUGCUCCUGCUCAAGGAAAAGAAGAGCAUCAAACCUGAGAAGGAGUGGAGUCUGAAGUCCAUGAAGAUCUACAUCGGCAUCAGAAAGAAGCUCAAAGCCCCCACCAGAUGGGGGUUCACUGUGACAUCACAUAAACACCAGCUUUACCUGUGCUGCAGCGGAGAGGCCGAGCUCUGGGACUGGAUCACCUGUUUCCUCAAGGCUCAGAAUGAUGAAGCAGCCCCGGCCAUCCUCCGCAGACACUCAUCCUCUGACAUCUCUAAGCAGAAGUUUGGAACCAUGCCCCUGGUCCCCAUUCGAGGAAUAGAGAGCAACAGCAGCAUGCUCUCAGCCAAUCAGACGCUGAGGAAACUUCAUGACAGAAGGACCCUCUCCAUGUAUUUUGUAAGUCCAUAUUUUCAUGAAGCACUUUGUUGUGUGGCCCAGUGGUAG